AUGCAUUGUGGCUGCAGAUGGCCAUGGGCGCCUAGAUGUGAUCAAGAUCAUCUUCAUCUUACCUUCCAUCGUCAAGGGCCUUGGGCUGUCAGGAAGGCAUUCCAGUCCUUGCUCGAUAGAGUGCCAGGACAUCAUGUGCAGUGGGCCAAAGUGUGCCGGAAAGUGAAAGUCUCUACCAAAUCUAUCACAACGGCCCCUACGUGGGCUCCUGAUGAUACAGAGUUGCUGCAAGGUAUCUCUUUCAUCAACGAGAACGCCCCGGAGUCCGAUGCCCAUAACGAACAGUACGCCUGUAUCUUGAUGAACAUCAAAGAAGACUCAGACAGUCCCAUUGCAGGCUGGCCGGAAGGCAAAGUGAGAAUCAUGGCACAGAACAAGACGAGGGGCGUGAGUGGUGCUACCUUGCAGCGGGAAUUCCCAUUGACUACCUUCUCUCUCAAGCCCAUGCUGUCCGAGGAGCAAACUACAUCUGGUCGCUACAAUGACUCCAAGUUGCCUCGCAAUUGCAUGCGCACCUAUGCGGCCAAUGAUCUGGAUCGAGAGGAUGAGCCUGCGGAUGACAACCGUACUUCCAUCACAGGUGAAGAGUUCCUGAAGCUCACCCGUCGCAUCUUUGCCGGCGACAGACUUGCUGAUGUACUGGCCUGCUUGAAGAGGGCUGUCGUCAUCAUCCUGGGCCAGCAUGCCAUGUACCUUCGUCUGCCCAGCCAAGAUUCUAGAGCCACAGUGCAUCGCAUCAAGGUGGAUGACCUUCAUAAGGAUCUCUUGUCUGAGAAAGACAAGCCUUUAUACUCCAAGUACAAGUUAGGCAUCAUGGAGCAUGGGCCCGAAUGGCAGGCGCGUGAAGUGCGUAUGAUUUCAGCUGGCGUGGAGAAGUUUGCGGCCGGCAGGCCAGAAGCCUACAUUGCAGCUGUGAAUGGAGAAAUCGAAGAACAGCUCAUAGCUCGUCUACCUCGACUUUGCCUACCCAACAAGGAAGUUGACUCGUCAUCAGACCAGGAAAACGUUUUACCAAGUCCUCCUGUCAUGGUGCCUAACCCGGAGGCACGUUGCAAUCGGCUGGGUCGAUUCAAGCUGCCCCCAGCCAAACGGUACAGAGGCAAAACCACUCAGAGGGGAGAGCCAUCCAAUGAGCCACCCAAUCCGGUUCCUGAGCCCAAGAGAGAAGAGCCACCCAAUCCGGUUCCGGAGCCCUCGCAUGAUUUGUCAGUGGAACGGCAAGCCCAAAGUGCUCACAGUGCAGAGGAUGUUGAAAUGGAGGCAGCGCUCGAAGAACUCAUCGACUACAUGCCGCGUGAAGAUGAGGCUGAGAAAAAGAUUCGCUGUGGCACUGGUGUGAAAUCGGCUGACGUAGAAGCGGACGAGGCAACCUUCGACAAAAAGAUGGAAAAGAGACAGCUACACUGGGAGCAAUGGUGUGGGAUAGUUCAGCGAGGAAAGCCUGAUACACUUGUGCUGCACCGCCACAAACCUCCAGCCUCAAAACUCCGAGCGCCUGGGCCUGGAGCCGUUUGCAAGGUUGAAUGGGAACCUCUGGCUGCAAAGUGGCUGCAAGAUCGGCAAAUCAUUCUCCAUACAGAUUCUGCCAAAAGCUAUGCCACCAGUGUCUCUGGAGUCCUGCGCGACCGAGUCGUACACAAGAAGAAGAGAGUCAAAGUGAACGGGAAGUUCAGGUUUGGCAUUCAGAAUGUGUUCGCAAAUGGCUAUGCCAAGGGUGGCCGCGGCGGUACCUCGAACCAACUUUUGCAGCAGCUGGGACAGGUGAUCAUUCAAGACAUCCUACUUUUGACACUGUCGCAGCACACCGCAGGCCUAUCAGGCAUAGUUGGCAACACGCCAUCCCUUCCACACUUGGCCAGCUCAGGGCUCUUGAACGGAGCCACAGCUGAUGCGUCCUCUGCGCUGGCAGACCUGGGAGGCUUGUUGCUGCAGACCUUGACCACAAAUGGAACAUUGCCAGUCACUUUGAGCGCGGUGGAGACCUGGGGACCAGGAACCAGCCGGGACAGCCCGACACAUGCAUCGAAUAGUGUGGAGUCUGGCUGGACGACGGUGAAAGGUCGAGGGCGAGGUCGCCACUCCAAAGGCCGCGGCAAAGGAAAGGACCGAAGAGGCGCUUCUUGGCAUCACAGAGCUUGGCAUACAAACGAAGCAGAGGAACCUUCCUCUUCCAGCCGUUGGCACGGUAGGCAAAGGCAUCAGAAUGAUGCAGAGGAAUCUUCGUCUUCCAGCUACUGGCAAAGUAGACCGAGGCGGCAGACUGAAGCUGAGGAACCAUCCUCCUCAUCAAGUCGUUGGCCAAGAAACAGGCAAGUUUGGGUGCCGGUGCUGAACUCGAGAAGGGACAGCGUGGCUCCAGGCAGACGGAGUUAUGGCAAAGGAAACGGCAAAGGGGCCUCGGGCUAUGAGAAUUCUCAGUGGCACGGGAACAGUCAGAGGUCUUGGAGUUCGUGGGGAAAUCACUGGGACGGCGGCAUGCAAUAG